CACACAUUCAUUCCUGAUGCUUUAGUGCUUUUGGUCUGUUGGCCUGCUGAUUCCACUGGACAUUCCGGGAUCGCGUGCCCUACAAGGCUUAGUUGCAUGCAAGCCCUACGUUCAUUCUUUUGCACUACCUUUUAUAUCGUCCAUCGUCUGGAUGAAGUACAAAUUCACGUCCUCUAUAAUGGUGUCUAUACAAUGAAUUGAAAGUACUAGUCGCCCUACCUGAUCGAUUCAACUGCAAAGGUGGAAGCUGGACUCAAUUCGCGGUACUAGAACUCUGAUCAUCGUUUCGCUUUCUCAGCUCUGUUGCUUCUUUUUUUUUGGAGCCACAUUGCCUAAGUUUAAUGGACCAUGUCAGAAUGGUCAAGAACUUAUUCGGUAUUCGAAGAGUUUCUACUGACGCUCGAUUGGUCGCUACCACCUGCCUAGCAGAAUCCCCGCCCCAAGUCUCUCUCACUACGAUUGAACCACGUUUAAAUAUGCACCAAUAUAAUGGCCUGUUUGACACGACGAACGCGCCAUCUGAAAGACACGCCAGUACUGUAACGGAUAAUAUACCUGAUGCAGUGUCUCGCUCACCGUCCACAAUGACAAACGGAACGUCUACGGCGACAGAAUGGUCCUCAGCGGUGGGGCAUGCCAUGACCGGUAAAUCCGGCCGCGUUAUCCACAACCUCCAAGAAGACAUUGCACGCUUAACUCGUGAAUGUAGCCUCCAACGGUCUCGCGCCGAAGAAGCACAGCGGAUGAAUGAAGCUCUAAAACAACAACUGCAGACCGUGAUAGACCGAUUAAGGAACUCGGAGCAGGCGUAUGAAAUGAAUCUGGCAGCUGUUGAGCGAAAGGAUAGGAAGAUCAAUGACUUAAAAUCCGAAGUUCUCAACGAGAAACAAAGACGUAUAAAGGCCGAAGAAGAUGCUCGGAGGACCACGCAAUUGGCCACAGAAGAGCGGAAUGAACACCGUCGGGCCCUCGCCGAAGCCCAAGAAACAGCUCAGCAAGCACGGUGCCAGUAUGAAACUUUGUCCCAAGCCCGGUUAAGAGAUAAGCGGGAAUAUCAGUCCCGACUCAACACGUUUCGCAAAGAAUUGAGGGAACUUUCCCUUCGAGAAACAGAAAGACAAGAUCAGCUCAAUCGAUUUGACGUCAUCAUCGAGCAGAAAAAUCGUGAAAUCGCGGCAGGUCGCGAUCGUAUGGAACGGUUCAGUCGAAUAUUCGAAGAAUAUAAGGCGGACAGGGAGCAGGAGAUUAGGGAUAUCGUUGAGAGAGGGUAUCGGAACGACUCGAGGAUCGAUGAGGCUGUUGCAGAGGCGAAGGAAACCACAGAGAAAAUGAAAUGGACAAUGAAUGUGAAGAAGGUGGUUAAAGGGCUGGAGUAG